AUGCCUUUUCUAGCACCAUCUCAAGAGAGCUUUAUAGACUUGACAGAAGAGCACGAUUCACCGGAAACCACAUCAAGAAAAUCCCUUUUCGAGCAGCUCAUCUUUCCGCAGAGUCCAACCAUAGAAUUCGAUGAAGAUAUCGAUGGAUUGGAGCAGGACUUAAGCGGCCAGGCGGUGGAUUGCGAAAUUUCGGAUGCAUUAUAUGCAAAAUACGCUUAUCAAACAGCUCGGGACAAGGCAGUCUUUGAUCAGUCCCAGCUGGAUAGCAAUUGCCUUAAUAUAAGCACAAAUGGAACCGCCAAUUCAAAUCCAACCACGGCCACAACUUCACAUGUUUUCAAGGACUCAAUACUCAGCUUUAGCCAAUUGGACAGCACACGAGAUGCAUUCCAGCGCAGCUGCAGUUUUACACAGUCGCCCGGACAGAUCGCUCAGCUGGAGCAGAGUUUCAAGAGUCCGCUGACCCGCCGAAGCAACUCCUUUACGGAUAAAUCCGCCUUGGCCUUUAGUCACUCGGAUGCGAGCAUUGAUUUGACCCAAGACAGCGGCGAUGAGGAUAAUGAGGAGGAUAAUGAGGGUGUUCUGCUGUCUGAUGAGGAAAUCAAUUACUCCAUUUGGAAAGCGGACAAAACGUGCCGGGAGGCACUCGAUGAUAGCAACAGUUUGCCUUUAACGAGAAUCAAAAGCGUGCCUUUCUUUAAGACUGUGGAGGAUUUGGAUGCAUAUCUGGAUGCUUCACCCACGCCCUCCAACAAAUCCUGCAAUUCGCGCUCGCCUAACAAAAGUGCCCUGAGCAAAGAACGCGCCGAGUUUGGAAUAUUGGAUGCAGCCAUCUCGCAGCCCUUUACGCUCUCCCAGCUGCAGAGUCCGUCGACCAAGGCGUGCCAAGUGCCAAUAGAUUGGGCAGACGCAUCCUUUUUGGAGACACCGCCGGAGGUGCCCUUGAAACGCUACUCCAGCAGCUGCACCCAUAAAUUUAAAGAGCUGCUUAACGAUAUCUCGGAGCCAGCCGAUGAGCUGGAUGACUUUGAUCGUCUGGUGUUCCAAAACAGCAAUAAAGAUGCAACAAUAGACACAAUGCCAAGUGGACUGGAUCGACUGCUCCUGGGCGAGAUCAAUGCGGAGAGCUUGCCACAGCCUGCCGCAGCUGUGGAGCCGCCUAGUCCAGCAAAGAGAGCAACUACUUGGGAGCAAUUGGAGCUUAAUGGUCAGGUGUACGAGGUACGCGUCUGUCGCACACCCAAGCCGGAUUUUGUGCAUCUAACCGAUGCGGAGCUGCUGCAGCAGCUGUACAAUUGUGGCAUCAAGCCGCUAAAACGCAAACAGGCUGUCAAAUUGUUGGAAUACAUUUAUAAUCAAACUCAUCCCAUUAUGCUGCCCCCAGCGCAGCAGGAGCCCGAGCAAGUGACCAUGCCGCGCUCCAAAUCCACGCCUAUCACUGCCCGCACUGGCAAAUCCGACAUCGGGCGGCUGCGACUCGCCAGCAGCGACGAAGCAGAGCCAAAGGCAGAUCUCAAAUUCCGAGACGCCUCCGGAUCCGAGCUGUUGCGCUUCUCGCAAGAAUUGCCGCCUGCGCUUUGCGACGACUUUGAAUGCUUUGUGCUGCAGACGAAUGUCUCGAAGAAGACGCCGCAGCCGCUGCUGCCGCUGCACAUAGCCUGGCACAAUUUGCUCUGUGCCAAUCCCGACCUGCACGAGACCGUGCUCAGGUAUGAGCCCAUCGAUCUGCAGGAGAUCUAUCUACAUCUGAAACAGCUGGGCCAUCGCUAUGAGCCCAAGGAACUCAAGAGUUUCUUUGAUAGACGCUGCAUAAUACUCCGUUACGAGCUGGCGCCGCCCCAGAAACAGGCCCAGCGGCACAUCCGGAAGCCCAAGUCCAGAAGGCCCUACGCAAAGCCCUAGCAAACGUAUUUGUUCCAUACUCUUCCUUAGACUUGUUAUAUAUGGGAAUGUUUAGUGAUUCUUGAGUGCUACAUUUAUUAGAUUUUCUAAUGUAAUUUUUCAUUAUUAAUUUUGUAUGUUAUUUGGGCUUUAUUUUUGGCCCCAAUUUAAUUGUGAAACGAUUAAUUUUGCGAUUUGAAAUAUACGAAAAUUUGGUUUUUGCACUAAAAAUGAAUGUCGCCAAUUAACCCAUCGAUGGCCACCUCCAAAACAUGAUGAACGUUCGGCGAGGGUAUUAGCUCGUCCAUCAUAACUAUUUCAUUUUUGGUAUACUUGUCGAUAUUCACAAAACGCGGCUUAACCGGAUGCUUCCUUUUCAAAAAUUCUUCACAUUUUUCCGAAAUUUUCUCAGUAAACUCAAGAUCCAGAUCUAGAUCAGUUAUGGGGUCUGUCAGAAACUGGUAGCACGUUAGAAAUGUUUCGAGGACAUCCAUUUUAUUAACAAAUACGUAAGUUGAAAACUAUAAUUUUUUUGAAAA